CAGGACGCCGGACACACGCUCCACUCGCGCGCCAAGAAACCAAGCACCUCGUCCUUAUCGCCACCUAUCAACUGAUAUCACUUCCGAAACUCGACGCGUCCUUGCCGACGCCUAAUUAGUCAGUUUUCGUGUUUCGUUCGUUCAGGCGGUUUUUGUUCUAUGAGUACAACGCGAUCAGUAGCACAUUUAGUGAGUUUAUGUGAGUGUGCGUUAGUAAAGUUGUUGUAAUUUUAAUUAUUUCAAUAAUUCCGAGUCGUGCAUUGUUACGCGAUGACUUUAUUUGUUGAUUAAUUAAAUAGGACUUGUGUCUACCUAUAAAGUGCAUUCGGUUAAGGACUAGCGCGAGGUAAACAACAAAAAUAAAAAUAAAAUAAAAUAAAAAUUGACUUAAAUUUAAGUAAAAGACGAAAAAUAAUAAAACUAAAACUUAUUAAUGACACAAACUGUAGUUGUAAAUAAAUAAAUAAAUAAGUUAUAAAUAAAAGUGCAGCAAUAGUGCCACAAUCUAUUUUAAUCCAAUUUAAUGCAUCAUGGGGAGUAAUUUGACGACGGGUUAUGCAGCUGUUUUCAGCAAGAAAACACAAAUCUUCACCCCGUUGAUGUCCUUCAAGUGCAAAACAGUUAUUUAACAUCACAAAAACCCAUAUAAACUUUCCAAUAAAAUUCAAAAUUUAUUCACCAGUGAACAAACGCAUGUGCAUCGAAAGUUUCGCGCGUGCUAUAAUCUAAUUGUGAUCGUAAUCGCGAUCGUCGGGGUUGAAACCCGGCCGUCAACACACGAAACAACACAUCGCCGACCGAACUGGCCGGUGAAUAAUUAAUGCGUGCGACAAUUACGACAAUGAACGCCGCGUGCGCCGCCAACCUGCUCAAGUUCAGUAUCGCGCUGAAUGCCGUCGCGAUUGCAAUCGCCACUCCAGUGAAUGUAAAUCAGAAUUUACACGAAUAUCAAAAUGGGGAUAUUGGCAUUGGUGAUACCUUAGGACUGAAGAGAUUGUUGGUGAACGCAGCGCGUCGUAUCACCAUGAAUGAUAGUGUGGAUAAUCUCACAUGGAGUUCCACGCCUAGUAUUUUAUUCGGCGCUGAUGGACAACCGGAAUGCUCGCGGUCCAUUGAUGAGUUUCCGACGUUUUUCACUGAUGAACAGCGGAAACAAGGCGGGAUUGUCUUGCCUUGUAUUAUUGCUAUUUAUUGUUUCACGGUUCUUGCGAUUAUUUGCGAUAACUACUUCUUGCCUUGUGUGGAACGCAUUUGUGAAGCUCUGAAUUUAUCUAGGGAUGUGGCGGCGGCGACCUUCAUGGCGAUGGCGACGUCGGCGCCCGAGCUCUUCUCGAACAUCAUCGGCACGUUCAUCACCAAGUCGGACAUCGGCAUCGGCACGGUCGUCGGCUCCUCGAUGUUCAACACGCUGGGUGUCGCUGCGAUCGGCGGCAUUGCGGCGCGGACGCCUAUCCAAUUGGACUGGUGGCCAUUAACGCGCGAUUGCUCCAUCUACAUUUGUUCAAUAGUACUACUCGUGUGGAUCACAUGGGAUGGCCAAGUCUUCUGGUACGAAGCCCUGGUGCUUUUCAUCGUUUAUUUCAUCUAUCUCACUGUGAUGUUUCAAAACGUACGCAUCAUGGCGUUUUUCCGCAGUAUACAGAAUCGUAUCAGUGCAACUCGUGUUUCUGAAGAGUCCAGCAAAGGAAUGGAACUUUCAACGGUAACAACAGUGACCACAAUCGACGACGAGCUGAAUAAAUACAUCGAACACAAGGAACACAAAAAAGACAAGAUGGCCGAUAAAGAAAAGCGCUUGGAAAAUGGUCAAGCUACCAUUAAUAUUACAAGAAGCGCUAAGGAUGCCAAAGAUGCGGGUACAAUAGAAGAAAUUCAAUCAGAAGGCAAUGAAUCAAUCUUUAAGUUUCCAAAGGGUCAUUGGACUACGCAACUAUUGUUUAUUUAUAUGUGGCCCAUCAAAUUGGUGCUUUUUUGCACAGUUCCAGACUGUCAAAAACAUCGAAAUGUUUAUCCGCUUACUUUUGUUAUGUGCGUCAUUUUGAUAGCUCUGAAUUCGUAUUUGGUGUCAUGGAUGGUUACGCUUAUAGGUAGUACAUUUGGUAUUCAAGACUCUAUUUUGGGUUUGACGUUCCUCGCGGCCGGUGGAUGUCUUCCGGAAGCCAUUUCCAUCACAAUUACAUCCAGAAAAGGUGAAGGCAGAAUGGGCAUUUCGAAUUCACUCGGCGCAAACACAAUGAACAUCCUCCUGUCUCUCGGCCUACCAUGGUUCAUCCGCACCCUGCAGCUACUCGCGCAGGAGGGCAGCGCCGAAGCCUUCAUCGCCAUCAAAUCCGGCUCGCUCGAGUACACCAUCCUGGCGCUCAUCCUCGUCGCCAUCACGCUCUACGUCUGUCUGUCGAUCAAUCGCUUUCGACUCUCGCGCAAAUCCGGCGCAAUACUCAUCAGUAUAUACACGUGCUUUCUAAUCGGCGCAAUUCUCUCCGAAGUGUAUUUAUUCCAAACUGAUUGCAACGGCUUAACAAGCUGAUAAACCACACAUUUUAAACAAAAAAAGUGCCUUAAAUUUUAUACGCAAAACCAGUGUCAACAAAAAAAAACUAUAUUGUGAUAUGAUAAGUUUUACACUUUGAACGUGAAUAGUAAUUAAUAAUUAUUAACGUAGUUUUAAUACGUCAAAACAAAAGUUUAAUUUAAUUAGUGAUAUUAAUGUAUUUUAUUUUUAUUUUUAUAUUUAAUAAGAGAUGAGAAUUAACACACACACACACACAAAAUGAGUAAUUAAACUGUGAUAUUAUAAAAUUAUCAAUUUUUACAAAAUUCAUGUUGUUAUUGUUGUUAAUGUUUGAUUUUUGAAUAAAUGUUGUCUUAAUUGUA